AUGCGAUAUCAACCGACUACAUCCAUGUCAAGCUAUUUAGCUGAAUACUUUGCUGUCGUUGAUCAGUUGGUGGACUUAGGAGUUACGCUAGAUGACAAGUUAAUAUCAGUGGCUUUGCUAGUCGGCCUGGGCGAAGCUUAUGAGAUGUUCGUGAUUGCAGUGACAAGUCAGGACACACCGCCCAGCUCAGCAGUUUUAAAAACAAAGCUUUUGGAAGAGGAGAUGAGGAAGACGACCGGAAAGGAGAAAACGUCAGAUGCUGCCUUUGCAAUAAAGACAACGAAGAGACGCAAAGAGCGUAGAGUUAAGUGUUUCAAAUGUAAUCGCUUUGGACACAUAGCAUCUGAGUGCAAGUCGGCUAACCGACAUCAAGACAAUACGACCGGAAAAUCACAAAUACUCUCAUUAGGAUCCAGUAACGACCGGAACCUUUGGAUCCUGGAUAGCGGUGCAACGGCACAUGUAUGUUGUGAUAAACGUUAUUUCAAGCAUUUAAAGUCACCAGAAAGCAAUAUUAUGUCUGUUGCUGAUGGACGACAAAUACCCAUCAUUGGAGCUGGUGAAAUUGAAAUGCAG